UCCAAGAUGGCUCCGCUGGACGUACAAAAUAAUUUACAGACACUAAAACGUCAACAGCUUAGAGCCAGGAGGCGAUGGAGGAUGUUGUAUGAUGUUAUACGUGGAAAGAGAUGCAGUAUAAAUGAGGUUUCAGUCAGACGUUUCACAACUUUCGGUUUACUCCACACAGCAAAAAUACGCUCAUACAACAAUGCAGAUGUAGAUUCUACUAUUUCAACUAAAACAAACACAGUCACAUCAAUUUUAAAAGAUAUUAAUUCAAAUGGGUUAAAAUCUGAAAUCAUAAAGCCUGACACCAAUGGUAAAGAACCUGACGCUGACACCAAUGGUAAAGAAUCUGAUGCUGACACCAAUGGUAAAGAAUCUGAUGCUGACACCAAUGGUAAAGAAUCUGAAGCUGACACCAAUGGUAAAGAAUCUGAUGCUGACACCAAUGGUAAAGAAUCUGAUACUGACACCAAUGGUAAAGAAUCUGAUGUCAGUAGUGGUAAUACAGCAGAAUCUAAAACAGAAGACUUUUGCUGGUUUCGUUACACUGCAUCUGUGGCUGGAGGGCAGUCCCAGUUUGAUAUUAGGCAGUUGACCAAGGCUCCUGAUAUUGAGGAUAUACUGGGCUUUAACAACACUGGAAAUGUCUGUGUCUGGCCAUCUGAAGAGGUUCUUACAUAUUAUCUACUUAAACACAAGGAGAAAUUCAGUCAAAAAACUGUGUGUGAAUUGGGAGGAGGAAUGACUUGUUUAGCUGGAGUAGCAGUUGCCAUAGCAACAGAUGCAAGUAAAGUCCUCUUGACUGAUGGAAAUGAACAAUCAGCAGACAAUGUGCAAGAAAUUAUUACUAGAAAUGUGAAACAGUUUUGUGAUACUGAGGUACAUUCCAGCAUUCUAAGAUGGGACAGAAGACAAAGUGUUGGGGACUUAGAGGGAAAGUUUGACUAUGUCAUUUGUGCAGAUUGUUUCUUUUUCGAUGAAUACAGAGAAGAUCUAGUCCAUACCAUAUACAGCUGUUUAAAACCAAAGGGAGAAGCCAUAAUGUUUGCUCCAACACGUGGUGCAACAUUCCAGAGUUUUAUGGAUUUAUGUAAGGACAAAUUCACUAUGACACGUACUGAGAAUUAUGAUGAUACAGUCUGGAAACUUCAUCAGAGGUACAAGUCUAAAGGAGAAGAGAUAUACGACGAGAACCUUCACUAUCCUGUCAUGUUACACCUCAUCAAAAAAGAAGAGCUCUGAAAUAUACACAUCUUCAAAAGUGAAAUUAUUUUCCAACUUUGGAAAUAUAAUCAGGUUUAUGCUUUAAAGUGUCAGGCAUAACUGCCAAGCUUCAAGCCAAUGGCAAAUCAUGUCAAUAAAUGUGCCCGAUUUUUUUUCUGUUGUUUGAAGCAAGUUCAAUCAAGUGUCACUUUUGAUAUUUAUCAGUGUCAGGCUUUACUGAAAGUGUGAAUAAGUGUUCUUCUCAGUUGUUUUACUGAAAGGCACUUCGGAGAUUCUAUUGUUGCUUUUCAUUGCUAUUUCAAACUUUUUUUUUUUAACUUUUUGAGAUUAUUUGUGAAAUUAUUUAAAAGUAACAUUCCAAAUUUAAUCUGUUUUACUGAGAUUUCGGUAUCAACAUUACAAACUUGUGUCAUACCAUACAGUACUGGUGUCAUUCCAAAUUGGUGUCAUUCCAUACUGGUGCCAUUCAAUAGAGGUGGCAGUCCAUAAUAGUGUCAUUUUAAAGGUUGCCAUUGAUCACUAAAGUCUAUGAAAUAUUAUAUACCCGUUUUG